AUGUGGAGAUCUCUGACUAAGGAAUCUCUUCCAUUGCGAAGCCAGGACAGGGCAAAGUCGUCUCUCUCUCUCCUCCCACCAAACAAUCCCACCCUCACAACCCUCACCUACAAAUACCCAUUGAAACUGGUCCCGCGCACCGGCGGCUUCGUCCCAUCCCCAGAUUCCUCCGCCCUCUCAGACACAUGUCCCUCCAAUCCUGUCCACCUCUACCUCCUCACCUACGGCGGCGGGCUCCUGCCGGGGGACCACAUCGAAGUAUCCAUCACGCUCGAGCCCAGGACGCGAAUGGUGGUAACAACACCACAAGGUAGCACCAAGAUCUUCAAAACAACCCCAAACAACAGCGGCACAGCCCCAAAUGUAAUCAAAGGGCACCGCGAUCAAAUGCCCGCAAACGACCACCUCUCCGACAUGAGCCAGCAAUCCCUAGACGUCAACAUCGGCCGCCAAGCAGCCCUCUGCUACCUCCCAGACCCCUCCGUCCCCUUCCAACAUAGCCGCUACGCCCAAGUCCAAACCUUCACCGUAGACGCCACGGCAAAAGGCACCGAUCGAAGCAGCCUCUGCGUCCUGAGACUGGGCCGCACCUCGCGCGGCGAGGACUGGAACUUCCAGUUCUGGCGCGGCCGCAACGAAGUCUGGGCCGAAGACGACAAAGGCAAACGCCGACUCCUCCUCCGCGACUCGGUAAUCCUGGACGAUGAAUCCGGAGACCUGGAAGACACGAUGUCCGACGAAGACGAGAUCGAAAACGAAAACACAUCCUACAGCACCACCCAUACCGGCCUAGAGAACCCCGUCGACCUGCCGCCACAGGCACCAGCCGGCCUAACCCCGCUGAAUAUCAUCGCGGAGCGCACGCGCCCGCACGGCGUCGUCGGCACACUUAUCCUCUCCGGACCUGUGUUCGAAGCUCUUGGUUCGUUCAUGCUGAAGCAGUUCCAGUCGCAGCCUCGCAUCGGCAGCCGCAAUUGGUCGGACCAUGCGCCGUCCGUGCCCGAGCCUUCGCUUAGUUAUAAGGGUGAUGUUACGUGGACGGCGGCCCGGGUGCGCGCCGGUUUCGUACUUGUCAAGUUCGGUGCUAAGGACUUUGAGACUGCGAAGCACUGGCUUGGUGGACUGAUUCGGGAAGAGGGUAGUGUUAUCCGCGAGUUCGGUGAAGAGGCGCUCUGCUGUCUAUGA